AUGGACACACCAAAGUUCCCGCCCCCCAGCAACGAAGGGGAGCAGGAAAUACUUCAGCAACUCGAGCUUGUACUGGCGCAACUACAAAUUCGCAGAGCUGACCGUGCCAACUAUGUGCGAUCUCAAGAUGUCAUGGUUCUAUAUGACCAAACUAUCGAACAAGUCCGCAAACUCACCGAGCUGAGGCAAGGCAAAAAGGUUGGGGAGAAUCGAGUCGAUAGAGUAGUGGACAGCUGUUUCCAAUUGCUGUCUCUGUUUUUCAUGACAAUCGGCCGAAACAAUGAGGCACCCGCUGCUUAUGCAUUGACAUCCACAAUCAAGAGGCUACUCGACCACCUUGACGAGGCCGAUCUGUUCUCCGAGAAGGAUAUCGCCAGCAUGGGACACACUCUGGAGCGUCUCACUGAGAAUAUGCGCAAGAAGCCGACAGACAAGUACCUCGAGAGUCUAUUGUCCAAGCGCAUUGAGCGAUGCCACGAGUCGCUAGACAACCUCAAGAAAAGACUACAAGACUACGCCCAGCCUAUUCGAGCCACACAUGAGAAACUCGUCUCCAUAUUACGGCAAAUGGCCGCCAUCAAUACCAAGUCAAAGUUCAAACCAGAGGAUAUACACAAGAUGCAAAAGCAAUUAAGGGAAAUCGAUAGCCAACGUGUUGAUGGAAAGUUUGUGGACUCGGAUGGCAACGUUCUUGCCGGCAGCGAACAUGUUUCAUCCUUGUGGGAUCGUUGCCAGAAGUACACCGAGAUAGUCCUCGAGAGAGCGGGCAACUUCCCCGAGGAAUGGAAACCACUGUACAGCACUCUAGUUGGCAUUCGCAACGAGCUUGACAAGCUUUCUUUGACGCAGGCAUGGUCUUUGCGAGAGACUGAUCUAUACGACUACCAGAGACAACUCGACAAGAUUGAUGAGAGCAGGGUUGAAGGCAACUGGAUUGACGAAAAGGGCCAGCCGGCUGAGCUCUAUGUGCAACGGACGCUACUAUAUCUCAUCAGAAGAAGCUACGGCUACAUCUACCACCUCAUGAUCUCGUCUGAGCCUGUCUCGGAAGCUCUUCUGCCAGUCUAUAACCAACUUCAAACGCUGAAGAGGUGCCUGAUUGAGGUGGAGGCCAAUGGUGGUGUUUCGUCUGCCAGGGAGCUUUUCCCAUACAGCAUGAAGCUUAACUCGAUCGACAACUUGCAAAAGGAUGGCAAGUUCAUGGUUGGUGGAGAUAUUCCUGAGGGCCAAGGAAGCGUCAAAGAGCUCCUUGACGAAUGCUUUGAACGCUGCUACAAGCUGAGAGUCGAUGCCGCAGCUGCUGAGGAGAACUCCAUUGGCGGGAACGGGAGGGACUAG